AUGCGUUCUCCCCCAAUCACGCCCUGCAGCAUCCUCCUCCUCGUCCCCUUCCUUCUCCUCCUCCUCUCCCUCCCACUUACCUCCGCCCAAGAAAACACCACCUGUGUCGACGGCUACAACGCCACGUGCUGCCCCUGCAUCACCUCAGGCCCCAUCAUCUGCAGCGACCCCGCGCCCAUCGACAGCCUGUCUGAAUGCGUGGACUACCAUCCUGAGGGCUGGGCGUGCUGCGUCGGCGAGGGAGACGGCAAUUGGGGCUGCAUCGCUGCGAAUUUUACCACUGAGGAGCCGCCGCCAGAGAACUUCUCGGGACGUGGCGGCGUGAUGGUGAUGAUGGGGCGGCGUGGUGGUGGGCGAGAGAGCGCGAAACCGGUGAAUGUUUGGGCUAUCGAAGAGGAAGGCGCAGAUUUGGAGGACCAGUCAACUGCCUCCCCGAAGAACAGAUCAAGGAGAUACACUGCAACCAACAGUAUCAAAUACAAGCGUGAGGCGGCUAUGCAUAGGAAGGAGUCGACUGAGAUGGAAAAUAGUUGUAUUAUGCACCCACUCCCUCGCUGCACUUCAUGGUGCCACCAAGCUACUCCAAUGGAUAGAGGACGAGAGAACGAAGAUCUCCUGUAG